AUGAAAUCUUAUCAAAUGAAAUUAAAGGUAUUGUUGAUAGAUUUCCCAAUGAAAACGAUGAUGGAUUUGAUGCUGAACCUGGUUAUGCAGCUUUUAAACAAUAUCAUGAAUUACGAGAAAAAAGAAUGAAUUUUGAAAUUGAACAAUCUAUGCAUUUUUUAUUCGAACUGCAAGUCGAGGGCGAUACCAACAAUCUGCAAAUACAAGAAGAAAUAAUCGCUCCGACUGUUAUACAAGAUCAUCAAUUAUUAAAAUUGGGACCCAAAUUUAUAUUUAAUGACCCAAAAACAGCUGCUCGACGACGUAUAACUGAGUUGGCUGCUCUUCGUCGAAAAAUUGAAAAUUGUUUCUUUCGAAAGAAAGUGAGCCCCGGUCGUCCUCUUCAACAAUUUAUGGCUGAAUUAGAUGUUCUUCUUCAAACUUUACAUAAUGUUCCAACAGCAGAUAAAUAUUUAAACAAAAAUGCAUUAUUUGACGAUAAUAUUACAAAUCAAAAUAAAGGUGUUAUAGAAAUUAUAAAUAGUCAAUUGUCUCAACCACAAAUUGUUAAUAUAAUUAAAAUUAAGAAAAAGAAAAAUUAUGGAAGAUUAGUUAAAAGAUUGAAACAUAAAUUUAAAUUGGCAAAUGUUGUAUUACAGAAAUCAGAUAAAUGA